AUGGCUUCCGCUCAGGAACAAGUCCACCCUGAUGGCUCCGUGAAUCAGACCAACGGUACGAGCAGUGUGGAUCACGCUACCACUGCUGCUCCCAGAGAAAGGAAGCCCUAUGACUAUGGUGGCAACCCGCUGGCUCACUGGAAGACCAACGAGGAGAAUCGCCUUCCACCUUUCGGUGGUGACUUCCAACCCGGUCUCUAUGCUCCUUCGCACCGCAAAUUCGCCAAUCCCGCGCCGCUUGGUCUGUCUGCCUUCGCCCUGACGACGUUUGUCCUCUCGCUCAUCAACGUGGGCGCCCGCGGCAUCCAUCACCCCAACCUGGUGGUCGCUCUUGCCUUUGGCUAUGGUGGUCUCGUUCAGUUGCUCGCCGGCAUGUGGGAGAUGGCCGUCGGCAACACGUUUGGUGCUACCGCCUUGUCUUCGUACGGUGGCUUCUGGCUCGCCUUCGCCAUCAUCCUCACGCCCGGAGGGUUCAACAUUGUGGGGGCUCUCGAGAACGAGGGGGGGGCGCCGGCGUUCCUGAACUCGUUCGGCCUGUUCCUCAUGGGUUGGUGGAUCUUCACGACGCUUCUCCUCGUCUGCACGCUCCGGUCGACGAUUGCCUUCUUCGGGCUCUUCUUCACGCUGGAUCUCGCCUUCCUGCUGCUCGGCAUCGGGUACCUGAGGCACGACGGCACGGCGCCGAACUCUGCGUGCAUCAAGGCCGGCGGCUACUUUGGCCUGUUCGCGGCCUUCCUGGCGUGGUACAACGCCCUCGCCGGUAUUGCCGACAACUCCAACAGCUUCUUCGUCAUCCCCGUCGCACACUUCCCCUGGAGCGAGAAGGGCCGCGAGAGGAAGAAGGCGGCGGCCGAGGCGGUAUAG